GUCGCGCGCAGAAGCGGCCGUUGGGGGCGGGCCGGGCCGGGCCGGGCCGACUCCUCCCUCCGGCGGCGGCGGCAUGUGGAGGCCGGCGCGCGCUGUAGCCCGGGGCCUGCGCGAGGCCGCGGGAGUCCGUGGGGCGCUCGUGGCGGGACCCGCCGCCGCCGCCUGCCGCCAGCCCGAUUCUCAUCUGCAACAAUUAGACCAUGUUCUAAAGGUUAAAAACAGAAGUGUUCAGUUUAUUGAUUUAAGAAAUGCAGGAACUUUGAAUAACAAAAGUUCUUUAGAUGAGACUACUUAUGAAAAACUUGCUGAAGAAACGCUGGACUCAUUAGCAGACUUCUUUGAAGAUCUAGCAGACAAGCCUUUUACACCUGAAGAUUAUGAUGUCUCCUUUGGGAAUGGAGUUUUAACAGCUAAACUAGGUGGAGACAUGGGAACCUAUGUAAUCAACAGGCAGACACCGAACAAGCAGAUUUGGCUGUCCUCUCCUACUAGUGGGCCCAAACGUUACGACUGGACUGGAAGAAACUGGGUGUAUUCUCAUGAUGGAGUAUCUCUUCAUGAACUACUAGCAGUGGAACUCUCUGCAGCAUUAAAAACUAAAAUAGACUUAUCUCCUUUAGUAUACUCUGGAAAAGGUGAUACUUGAUCAUUGUCUCCCUCAAAGAAAUCAAAAGACUUUGGCCUGUUGCCCCUCUUUGGUGUAUAGUUCCUAAGGUUAGCACCUUGUUCUACUUUUGUUUCAACUUCACUAUGUUGUGUAACAAUAAUGUGAACAUAAUAUAUUUUUCUUAGCUCUUCGUGUUUGUGUUUAUAUGGAUUUUUUUUUUGUGUGUCUGCAUCCAAAAUUCAUAGCUAAGAGUAUAGUAUUAAACACUGGUUGUCCCAGCCCACAUUCUUACUGGUUGGUUGGUGAUUCAUCAGUAGUGCACAGAUGGGAUCUCAUGAUUAAAGAAAACUGCUACUCGCCUUGGGUCAUAUUAAGGAACCCUUAUCCAGGUUCCAUUGAAAUCAAUUAGAUGAACUGGGAGGAGUAAGGUAAUAGUCUAUGUAAGAGCCUAUUGUGUUUAAAAGAAAAUAAGGUAAGGGAAAAUGUUUUUCUUUUCUAUAACCGGUGUAAUAGGGAUUUUCUUCUUAAAAUAUCACAGGAUUUAAUCUGAAAUUCACAUUUCUGCCUUUGCUCCUUCAGACUUAUCCUUUUAAGAUAAGCUUCCAGCUACCAAUUCUGCUAUCAGCAAGGGUCCAAAUGGUUUGUGGAGCUGAAAAAAAUACUUGAUUUAGUUUAAAUGUCUAAUGAUACAUUCAUAGUUGUAGAGAAAAGGUUAUAAAUUCCUUUCUCUAUUCCUUUUGUUAUGAGUAUCUUCAUAGAGUAAGCAUACAUUGCAUAAAUAUAUAACUCUUUAAUAUUAUUAUUAUUAUUAUUUAUUAUUAAGCAAAGCAAAGAUUUUCUGUUCCAAUAGCAAUAAGCCAUGCCAAGUUUUGCAUUGACAUAGCUCAUGCUGCACUUCUCAUGUAGUUGAAGUGAGGCACAAGACCAAAGGCAAAGUGACAACGCAAGGCUCACACUGAUGCAAACCCUGUUGUUAUUGCUACAUUCUUAAGACUGAGAAGCUGGAGUCUUCUGACUAGCUGAGAAAUAAAAGAAAUGAGGACAAAAAUAGGUGAUUCACUCUAGGUAUUACACCAAAUAACUUGUUAAAAAAAAAAAGUGACAUGCAAACAUGUGACACUAUAAAAUUUGCCUUACUAUAACAUUGCCAUUAUUUCUUUUCAAAAAUUGUAUAUAAAAAGGGAGCCCAAUUUGCUGUCACGUUUGAAAGACUGAGCCACAUUUAUGUAUGUUUUUGUUUUUAGCAUUACAUUAAGAGAGGCCUGGUACCGAUUUUGAAAUACAACAUUUUUUUGGUUUCUGAGUUCCCCAGAAAACUUCCUUGUGUUUAGAAUGAUAUGACUGCUUGGUUGGCUAAUACUGUUAUUCAUAAUUGAUGUGAUGUGUCAUUGAAAGAUAUCUAAUAAAUAUACAGUAUUC